AUGAAGGAGUAUGCAUGGAGCACCAUUGCCUCAACUCUCAACGUAGAUGUAAUUUCAACACAGUCAAGAUGGAAUGUUUUGAGAAACAAAUAUUGUGUUGAACGAAAGAGAGAGAAAACGAUUCCAGCAAGUUCAGGUGCCAGAAAAUCCUGGCAACUGUUCUCUGCAAUGUCCUUUUUGGACAAACAUAUGACUAUGAGGAAAACAGUAGGUAAUAUGAGUGCCACAAGAAGCCAAUCGCCCCAACCACUCACCUCCACAUCAUACUGGACCUCCUUCAAUAUGAUUGUGGAGGAGAAUAGUCAGGAAUCCACGGGAAUGACGGAGCAAAGCACUGCAGAAAUAGAAAACAGCAAUGUGGCAGAGCUAAAUCGAGUUCCUCAGUUGGUUUCCACUUCUAAAAAUGAAACUCCACCAUUAAAGCGCAAGAGAAAGAAGGCUGAGGAAAGUGAAUAA